GUCCAAUCGGAGCCCUUCUUCGGGGAGUUAAAAGGACGACUUGUCCAAUGGGCAACCUCAGCCCUUGACCUCCUGAUCCUCGGCCCCUCCCCUUAGCCGCCUCCUUUAAAAUAGACUUUACAUUUGCACAGCCCCAGAAUCUCUGGAUCCCGCUUUUGCAAACUUUACCCUAUGUCACAUUUCCCUUAUCUCGGGACCUGGCGCCUGGACUAGAACAAAACUGAGACGUCGAGUCCCAGCUUGCUCUGUCUACCCUGGUGCCCUUGCUCUCUCGCGGAUCGUCCGAUCCUGACUGUGCAGACCACGAUGCUCCCGGCGGAAUUCGGACCCUUGGAAGCUCUCUCCUUCCUUAUUGGUUUCUUUGGGCCGAUUUCCGGGGCUUUGCAAUUGGCAGUGGGGUCGCCGUAUGGCCGCUACGCCAGCGCCAGCUUCGGCCCGGGGCUGCCGGGGAAGUUGGCGUGGUUCGUGCAAGAGCUGCCGUGCUUGCUGGUCCCCCUCUAUGUAGUCACCUGCACCCCUGCCCAGCGCCUUAGCCUCUGGCCCAAUCGCAUUCUCCUGGCCAUCUUCAUCACCCACUACUUUCAAAGAUCAUUAAUUUUUCCCUUUCUGAUUCGUGGAGGAAAGCCUGUACCAAUCCUCGUAUUUUUGGCGGCAUUCAUAUUCUGUACCGUUAAUGGAUACUUACAAAGCCAGUACUUGAGUAACUAUGCAGUAUACUCUGAUAACUGGAUAAAAGAUCCUCGUUUUAUCACAGGUUGUGCCAUGUGGCUAAUAGGGUUGGUAAUAAAUAUCUAUUCUGAUCAUAUCUUAAGAAACUUGAGAAAACCAGGAGAGACUGGAUACAAAAUACCAAGGGGAGGCUUGUUUGAAUAUGUUACUGCAGCCAAUUUCUCUGGAGAGAUAAUAGAAUGGUUCGGAUAUGCUCUUGCAAGCUGGUCCCUUGAAGGCAUUGUAUUUGCACUAUUUACAACCUUUACUUUAAGUGCCAGAGCAAAACAACAUCACAGGUGGUACCUGGAGAAAUUUGAAGAUUAUCCAAAAUUAAGGAAAAUAAUAAUUCCAUUUUUAUAUUAAACACAUCAGUGAAAUUUUCUUCUGUUUU